AUGUUUCCCAGCUACAAAGUUAAAGUCACUGGGAUGAACCCCAAGACUAAAUACAUUCUACUCAUAGACAUUGUUCCCGCUGAUGAUCACCGGUACAAAUUCUGUGACAACAAAUGGAUGGUGGCUGGAAAAGCAGAGCCUGCAAUGCCUGGAAGAUUAUAUGUUCAUCCAGAUUCCCCGGCAACUGGAGCUCAUUGGAUGCGACAGCUGGUGUCAUUUCAAAAACUAAAGUUGACCAACAACCAUCUUGAUCCUUUUGGACAUAUUAUUUUAAACUCAAUGCACAAAUACCAGCCCAGGUUGCAUAUUGUUAAAGCAGAUGAAAACAAUGCCUUUGGAUCCAAAAACACAGCAUUCUGUACACAUGUAUUUUCAGAGACAGCAUUUAUAUCUGUGACCUCUUAUCAGAAUCACAAGAUUACCCAGUUGAAAAUUGAAAAUAAUCCAUUUGCCAAAGGCUUCAGGGGAAGUGAUGAUAGUGACCUCCGUGUGGCUCGCCUGCAAAGCAAAGAAUAUCCUGUGAUUUCAAAAAGCAUCAUGAGACAACGAUUGGUAUCAAGUCAUCCAGGACAGUUGCCGAGCAAAUCAGACCUUAAUGCACUACAUAGUAGCCACCAAGGCCUUCAACAUUAUCAAUAUGAGAAUGGGGCACACAUACAAUUUACUGCAACUGAUGCUCAGGAUCUGCCACUCAACACUUUCACAGCACAAAGAGAUUCUGGGUUGUUCUAUCACUGUUUAAAAAGAAGAGAGGGUGCACGCCACCUUGAGCUUCCUUGCAAGAGAUCUUACCUAGAUCCCUCUUCUUCUAUGACAGACGAUCACUACUUUCGAUCCCCUCCACCGUAUGACCAACAGAUGUUGAGCCCACCUUAUCGUAAUGAUGUGACACCCAGAGAAGCAUGCAUGUACUCUACAUCAGGACCAGAAAUUGGCGGAGUAUCAAGUGUUGAUGAAUUACCUCCACCACCCCCACCGUUAAGCUGUAAUAUGUGGACUUCUGUUGCGCCUUAUACAAGUUAUAGUGUCCAAACAAUGGAAACUGUACCAUACCAGCCUUUUCCAACUCACUUUUCCACCACCACCAUGAUGCCUCGCCUCCCAACAAUUGCAAGCCAAGGAUCGCAGCCUCCAAGCGAAUCUCACUUUAGUGUCUACAAUCAACUUUCACAGUCUCAGGUACGGGAGAGAGUUCCCACUUCAUCUUUUCCUAGAGAGAGAGUUCACCCUUCUCUGUGUGAAAGAAAACCUCCAUCCCCUCACAUAAACACAGCCAAUGAGUUUUUAUAUUCUCAAAGCUUUUCUUUAUCUAGAGAAUCAUCCCUACAGUAUCAUUCAGGCAUGGGGACUGUGGAAAACUGGACCGAUGGAUGA